ACAGAUUAUAAUACCAACAUACUGCAACGUCAUUUGUAGUUUUGUACAGAUGAAAAUAUUGACGUUACAGGAAUCAGAUACUGUUGUGUAUUUGUAUAAAUAGGCCUACUUUGUGUAUUUGUUAGAGUGAUUAUUAAAAUGUCGUAUCCGAAUCUCAGUUAUUCUGGAGGUAGUUAUCCUGGUGGUCAGCCACCUACAGGAGGUUAUCACGGAGCUCAGCAAGGUGGUUAUCCGGGAUCAGGUUAUCCAGGUGUACAACAGCCAGUUUCUGGUUAUCCUGGUGGCAGCCGACCAGGAUCAGGUUAUCCUGGUCAGCCACAACAAAUGGGUGGUUAUCCAGGAGCACAACCUCAACAAAUGGGAGGAUACCCUGGGGGACAACCUCAACAGAUGGGAGGAUAUCCUGGGGGACAACCUCAACAGAUGGGAGGAUAUGCAGGUGCUCCUGUUGCUUCAGGCAUUAGUCCUGAAGUUCAACAGUGGUUUAAUGCAGUAGAUGAAGAUCGAUCAGGGCGUAUUUCUGCGAAAGAACUUAAGAGUGCACUUAUAAAUGGUCAAGGAAAGAAUUUUAGUGAUACAGCAUGCCACCUUAUGAUUGGUAUGUUUGACAGAGAUCGAAGUGGUACUAUAGACAUACACGAGUUCCAGCUACUGUACAACUACAUCAACCAGUGGCUGGGAACCUUCAGGGCAUAUGAUAGAGAUGGCUCAGGACAGAUUGAGGAACCAGAACUUACUCAAGCUCUGCAUCAAAUGGGAUUCAGGUUUUCUCCAGAGUUCAUAAAAUUCCUGGUCACGAAGAGUGAUUUACAGAACCACAAACACAUGUCCGUGGAUCAGUUCAUUGUGGUUUGUGUUCAGAUUCAGAGAUUUACUGAGGCCUUCCGAGCACGUGACAAAGACUUCAAAGGUAUUAUAUCAAUCAACUUUGAAGAUUUUCUUGGUGUUGCAUUGAGCUGUUCUGUUUAAAGUACUGUAUAUUUUUUUCUUUGUAAACUGGUGAUAAGGAAAUUAGAGUUGUAUGAGCUUUCUUAAAUAAUGAGAUCACUUUAUACUGAAAUAUCAGUAUAUGUUACAUAAUUUGCUGUUAUAAGGCUCAACAUAUAAAGUUUACAUAAAUGCAAAUUUUGUAUGUGUAUUUUUUAAGUAUGUUAAUCUUUAGCUUAACAGUAUUCCUACAGUUUUCAGUAUUGGUAGUUGCAUACUGACAUAGAUAGAAUUUAUCAUAAGCUUAACUCAGUUAAUUUAUGAUAUUAAACAUUUUCUAAAAAUUGUAAUUAAACAUUUCAGUAUCUGUUGUGAAACCCAGUCAGGUAGUCUGUUGUUUGCUCCCCCACACAUGGCAGUAUUCUUACUUCAGGCACUGAAUUUCUUUCCACUAGUACCAGAUUUAAGUAAUAAUCUUCAGCUACGUGAAAGCUUAUGAAGAAUAUUUGAGAUCUACAUAACGUAUCACUCUCACUGAAUCGCAAGUAUAUAGUAGCAAAGUGGUUAUUGAUGUCAUAGUUUACAUAAACUGUAAUUGUCUUUGAACACCUUUCUUAAGAUUAGGGUUCAGUUAUUACAUGUAUGCACACAAUUGCAAAAACACGUUUCUCUCAAGUAUUGUAGAGGCAACGUAAGUAUAACACUAAAUGUACAGCGUCUUCCUUAAGCAAACAGUUGUUUAGUAGUUAUGGAAUUUCCUGUUAGCAUGGAAGCCAAGCAUUCAUCAGACACCACCAAUACUCCACUGAACCUUAUAAUGAACAAGUUCAUUCUGAUUCACAUUUCUACAAUCCAUUUUUAGUAUUCUUUCCCAUCAACACAUUUUGUCAAUAUUAAAGUUAUUCUUAUUCUUUGCUGUUGUUCAUUUACUUAUUGAAAAUAUUUUCUUUAAUUUUAUGUUUGAUAAAAUAAGGGUUAAAAUCAUAGGCACCUAUACUUUUUAACUUAUACAGUUUUCUAAAGUAAUUAUUACCUGUUCAUUUUGUGUUAGUUUUAUUAUUCUUACAUACACACCCAGAACACUUCACAUAGAUUAAGCGAAUAGAAAAACAGCAAAUACUACUUUAUGGUUGGGUUGCAUGAUCAAUUAGGAACCUCAACUACCUGGUUAAAGUUCGGAGAGUGAGUGCAAAGUCCCUGUGCACUUAUUUCUGCAAGUAUUAAAUUAUAUUUCUUACUUAUCAGAGUGUCAGUAAAUAUUGGAAAUAAAUUUUCACCCAUGUAUAUUCAAAGCUAUUGGUCUUAUUGUUUGCAAAGACAUACCAAAUCAAUCUGAUGUAUAGUUUCAAAAUAUUUCAUAACGACUCAAGUUCAAGCAGGAAAUUUUGAGAAUUAUUUUUGUAAACUAAAUUUUUCAUAGCCCCCCCCCAUACUGUUAUCCACAUAGCUUUUAAAUGUCACUGAGAAACUCAUUUUUCCUCUGGCAGCACAAAAUAAAGAUACCUACAGACUAUCUGUCUCAAAAUUGUGAGAUAUAGGACAGGUGACUUUUUACCUUAAACAUUUUGUAAGUGGUAUUCAGUAAAAUAAACUUAUGUUACUGUUAGACUUAAUUAUAUUUGGACCCCAAAUGACAAGAUAUGUAACUUAACUGAUUAUUAUCAGUAAUACCAGAAUAAACAAUCCAUAUCUA